AUGACCCCCUCAGUGACCUCUUCUUCUUCUCUUUCACCACCACCACCAUCAUCAUCGUCAUCGUCAUCAUCCCUCUCUUCAUUGCCGUUUACUUCUCCUUUCAUGAACUCGACUCCGGCAUCUCAAACCCCUGGCUCACCUUCAACUCCUCCAGAGUCCGCUUCACCUCAGGCUGCUCUCUCCCUCUACGGAAUUGCCCGCCGUUACUGCAGGGAAGAGAUUCUCGUGACCCCCCUCCGAUGGACAGGCCGCCACCUCGAGCUCCUGCAGUGCUCCUUUGGCAAGCCCCUUCCCGAGCCAACAACGGCAGCCACUCAAUCGAUGACGGAAGAAGACUACUCCGAAGAGCGUAGUGGCACUCUUCACUUGGAAGAUUUCUUCCGCUAUUACUACAAGGCGCAGUUCAGGGAACAGGGCAUCCGGCUGCUUCUGACCAGGGACGGGUGCCCCUUGGUUGCAUAUGAUGCUGUCAGGCUUUACUUCAAUGGCUGCGUGGCCAAGAGGAUGGAGUGUGUCAGUCUCUGCCUUCGAGGUGAUGAUCAGGAGGGCCUUGAACAUAGACGGCCCGUGGCCGGCUUCAUUGACCGCAGCCACAUUGAGCUCCUUAGAAAGGAGACGAUAGGUUAUCGAUCCCGGCAUUACAAUCCCCCCAUCUUGCGUCUCUACAACAAGAAGUGGAGGAAGAUCAGUCCGCCUGAGCCAUUGUAUGACCCAUACAUUGUUGCACUCCUCAUUGGCGUCGCACAGCAGAAGAGGAGGCACUUUCAGGAAGUCAACUCAAGCGAAGAGGCCGUCCAUGGAAUGGUAUCUGUAUUGUCCACAUUCUAUUCCAAGGGCAAAAGCGAAGUCAUCGGCGAGGAGGCCUACAUGGGCUGGAUGUACCUCUACCAGGCCAAUAUCCCCUCGUCGCUCCUCGACAUGUUCGAAAACGCCAAUGCUCCGCCUUCAUCGCAGCCGUCAGUCACGGUCCAGGUCAUCACCAUAUCUUACGCUCCACUGGCAACCUUGCGGGCUCGGCUGCUAGAGCUGUUGUUACCCGAGACCCUGGCAUCAACAGUCCAUUAUGGUUCGUCCCCAGGACGAAAACGAAAGUAUGACGGCCAAGGCACUGCCCAACCAUCUUCACGGGAAGCUCCUUCGGGAUGA